AAUUGGAAUAAUUGCAAAAACUAGGAAAAGGUGGGGUUUUUAGGGUUCUCGCCACGCUUUCUUUCCGGCGGCUCUCUCCUUUUUUUCUCAAUUUUUUUCUCCUAGAAGAUCGAGAAUUUAGGGUUUUGAUUCGCUGUUCCUUAGAUUUCGUUGUUCCUGUGAUAAAGAUUUGGGUUUUCGAGCUAGGUAUGCGAUCUUCAUGGGCUGAUUCCGUCGCGAACGCCGAGAUCUCGGCGUCCGCGAGCACCAAUAGCACCACCUCCGCCAGCGCCACCGCUGCCCCCUCUCGUUCCUCCUACGUUCCUCCCCAUCUCCGCAACCGUCAAACUUCAUCGGAGCCUUCUGUGCAACCCCAUGCGGAACCCCCUUCGAAACCUCUCGGCUAUGCUGGCCCUCCUGGUGGCUCCCGUUGGGCCGCCGGAGGUGGCCUUGUCCGCGACACGGGCCGUCCUAGCUUCGCCGGUGGGCGAUCCGGUGGCGGCGGUGGUGGUGGUGGUGGCUGGAACUCUCGCACCGGCGGGUGGGACCGUAGGGAGCGGGAAGUAAAUCCCUUCGCCAAUGACGAAGAAAACACGGAGGUCGCUUUCGACCAGGAGAACACUGGCAUCAACUUUGAUGCUUAUGAGGACAUCCCUGUGGAGACGAGCGGCGAGAACGUUCCCCCGCCGGUGAACACUUUUGCGGAGAUCGAUCUUGGGGAUGCGCUGAAUCUGAAUAUAAGGAGGUGUAAGUACGUGAAGCCGACUCCGGUGCAGCGUUAUGCCAUCCCGAUCUCCCUCGCCGGGAGGGAUUUGAUGGCCUGUGCUCAGACAGGGUCGGGAAAGACGGCAGCUUUUUGUUUCCCGAUCAUUAGUGGGAUCAUUAAAGGUGGCAGCUUUGUGCCCAAGCCCCGGGGCUCGAGGACGGCGUACCCGAUGGCUUUGAUCCUCUCCCCCACCCGAGAACUUUCUGUGCAGAUACAUGAGGAGGCAAGAAAAUUCGCCUUUCAAACUGGUGUCAGGGUUGUUGUUGCUUAUGGAGGAGCUCCAAUUAAUCAACAGUUAAGGGACCUCGAGAGAGGCGUUGACAUACUUGUGGCAACUCCUGGACGGCUUGUUGAUUUGCUGGAGAGGGCUAGAGUUUCACUGCAGAUGAUCAAAUAUUUGGCCCUUGAUGAGGCAGAUCGAAUGCUGGAUAUGGGUUUUGAGCCCCAAAUUCGGAAGAUUGUUGAACAGAUGGACAUGCCACAACGAGGCUUAAGGCAGACCAUGCUGUUUAGUGCUACUUUUCCAAAAGAGAUCCAGAGAUUGGCAUCAGACUUCCUUGCAAAUUACAUAUUUCUUGCUGUUGGGAGGGUUGGCUCAAGUACUGAUUUGAUUGUCCAGAGAGUUGAAUUUGUCAAUGAUUCAGACAAAAGGAGCCAUCUUAUGGAUCUUCUUCAUGCUCAGGUAGCAAAUGGAGUUCAUGGGAAGCAAUCUCUCACUUUGGUCUUUGUUGAGACAAAAAGAGGAGCUGAUUCUCUGGAGCACUGGUUGUGUUUGAAUGGGUUUCCUGCUACUACAAUUCAUGGUGAUAGAACACAGCAGGAAAGAGAAAUGGCACUAAGAUCAUUCAAAAGCGGCUCAACGCCUAUCCUAGUUGCGACCGAUGUGGCUGCGCGAGGCCUUGACAUUCCCCACGUAGCUCAUGUGGUUAACUUCGACCUCCCAAAUGACAUCGAUGACUACGUUCACAGGAUCGGAAGGACUGGAAGAGCCGGAAAGAGUGGUUUAGCCACAGCCUUCUUCAACGAAAACAAUUCCUCGUUAGCGAGGCCAUUGUCUGAGCUAAUGCAGGAAGCCAACCAGGAAGUCCCGUCAUGGCUUUCCCGCUACGCUGCCCGUGCAUCAUAUGGCGGUGGUGGCAGGAACCGAAGAUCUGGUGGCGGGCCUCGGUUUGGUGGCCGGGAUUUCCGGCGGGACGGUUAUUCCCGUGGUGGAGGAGGUGGUGGUGGUGGUGGUGGUGGUGGUGGUGGUGGGGGAAAUGAUUAUUACGGCGGAGGAGGAAGCGGAUACGGAGGAGCAUCAUCUGGGUACGGUGGCGGAAAUUUUGGAGGUGGUCCUGGUGUUACCAGUGCAUGGGACUAACUAACUUGACUGUUCAAAACAACAACUCUAGUCUUCUCAUCCAUGUUUUACUCCAUAUGUUCUUGAGAAUAUAAUUUUGGCAGUAGAUUGCAACGUUUAUCAGAGUUUUAUGAGCAUAUUAUAGUGGGUAAUCAUCAUUCCUUUCUUUUAA